UUUGAUCAGCGCAUAGUCAUUCGCACGACAUAUAAUCCGACAGUUGAAAAUAUUAAAUAAGAAACACGAGUGCUAAUAAUCAAGAUAUCAUAUAUACGAAGAUGGGUCUUAAAUCGUGCUUGUUAUUUACGCUGAUUAUCGUUGGUAUAUUGUCACAUGAGAUCGUAGCUAAGCCAUCUUCAAUUUGCCAGCUUCCCAAAGUUGUAGGUCCUUGCAGAGCAAGUCUAAAAAGAUACAGAUACGAUUCAACUACGGGACAAUGCGAAGAAUUUACAUAUGGCGGCUGUAAAGGCAACGAGAACAAUUUCAUAACCAGAGAAGUGUGCCAAGAAAAUUGUAUAAAUAACUAAAUCGAUAAUAAUAAUACAGGAUAAAAGACAAACAUCUUUUAUAAAAGGAAUGAAAUAUC